AGGCGGACCGUGAUUCGCUGUCAACGAUUGUCACUCACUCUACCAAACACUUACGAAAGCAUAAACCAUGUGCUGUCGGUUCUUACUGUUCCUGUAGGUUACGCUCAUAUUACAUUACUUUACAUUAUCACUGCUAGUCCAAACGUUCGCCACUACCGAGGAUUUACAAAAACCUGAGUCGUUAUUCUUCCGGGUAAAUUUAACUUUGCUAAAAAACACAAGGUUUAACGUUAGCUGCGGUUUUAGCAUUUCGUCCGCUAACGUGACAUUUCACCGGAGUUCGCUGGAAAACUUCUCAAAUGACCGAGCCGUCCCACUGGUAAGUCGAGUGUUCAACCAAAACCAUCGGCAUCAUCUCAAUGACAGAGCAGGAAGGAGAGGGCUGGGGAGGCAGUAACCUGUCGCCUCACCUCCACACGGGUGAGUGUAACGAACUGAUAACUCGCCUGAUGCAGUGUCACAAGGAGCACAGUGUCCUGAAGUUCUUCGGCACGUGCAACGAUGUGGACCGUGAUAUGCGCCAGUGCCUAAAGAAAGAGAGACUGGAAAAGCGGGAGCGCAGCAAGCAGCACGCAGCAGAGAUGAAAAAGAAGCUGAGGGCAAAGCCCAAGGAGGAGCUGUGAAGGACACUUUUAUUGCCACCUUGCCUCUGGCACUGCAAGUUCCAAGUAUUGAGAUAGUGGGGGACAUUGAUCUAAGAGUGACACUGUGUUAUUUGCCUCAGAGGAUGGUUAUGACUAUGACUAUCUUUGUGACAGGAAGUGUGGAUUGUAUUUGCAUCUGAACAUGUUCUUGUAAUAUUAUUUGAUGAGAAAAAUGAGUAAGAAGCUGUCUGGAUUAAAUACUGACGCACACCUUACUCCUACUACCCCCCCCCCCCCCCUCUGUAGUACUCUACAGAUCCAUAAAAUAGAGAAGUGCAACACUGCAAACUACUCUUCAAAUGUCAUAUAUGCUGGCAGGACACAUUAAGAAUAUUCUGUUUUGUUCAUGGAAACUGUAUCAAAAAUGUAAAAAAAAAAUACCCCAAAUAGGAUGACCACUGGCUGUGUUUGACUCUCAAAGGUCACAUACACCCAUGGACAUAUCAAACACACUCAUAGAUUUUUAUUUUUUUGUUUUUAUUUGAGUUGAUUGAAUGUAAGAAUGUGUAGCUUGAUUGCUUUUUAAUAAAGUGAAAUUAAUGGACAUCCGUGA